CCACACCUAUUACUUCAACAACAUUGCCUACAACUUCAGAAAGUACAACAGCAGGGUCCACAACUACAGCCUCAUCAACCACAUCUACCACAACAAAGAAUCCAACAACAUCAGCAGCUGUAACUUCAGAAUCCACAACUCUUUCUUCAACAACAAUGUCUACAUCUUCAGAAACAACUGCACCUGUAACAACAUCAGUAACUACAGCAUCCUCAACUACUGACAUUCCCACUACUACAGUUGUGAGUACACAAACCACACCUAUUACUUCAACAACAUUGCCUACAACUUCAGAAAGUACAACAGCAGGGUCCACAACUACAGCCUCAUCAACCACAUCUACCACAACAAAGAAUCCAACAACAUCAGCAGCUGUAACUUCAGAAUCCACAACUCUUUCUUCAACAACAAUGUCUACAUCUUCAGAAACAACUGCACCUGUAACAACAUCAGUAACUACAGCAUCCUCAACUACUGACAUUCCCACUACUACAGUUGUGAGUACACAAACCACACCUAUUACUUCAACAACAUUGCCUACAACUUCAGAAAGUACAAUGGCAGCGUCCACAACUACAGCCUCAUCAACCACAUCUACGACAACAAACAGUCCAACAACAUCAGCAGCUGUAACUUCAGAAUCCACAACUCUUUCUUCAACAACAAUGUCUACAUCUUCAGAAACAACUGCACCUGUAACAACAUCAGUAACUACAGCAUCCUCAACUACUGACAUUCCCACUACUACAGAUUGUGAGUACACAAACCACACCUAUUACUUCAACAACAUUGCCUACAACUUCAGAAAGUACAACAGCAGGGUCCACAACUACAGGCUCAUCAUCCACAUCUACGACAACAAACAGUCCAACAACAUCAGCAGCUGUAACUUCAGAAUCCACAACUCUUUCUUCAACAACAAUGUCUACAUCUUCAGAAACAACUGCACCUGUAACAACAUCAGUAACUACAGCAUCUUCAACUACUAACAUCCCCACGAGUACACAAACCACACCUAUUACUUCAACAACAUUGCCUACAACUUCAGAAAGUACAACAGCAGGGUCCACAACUACAGCCUCAUCAACCACAUCUA